GCAUCACCGCAUCGCACCCCACACCCUCGCAAUGGUCCUACGCAUCCGCCUCUCCCGCUUCGGCAAGAAGCACGCGCCCUUCUACAACAUUGUCCUCACGCACGCCCGCACAGCGCGCAACUCGCGGCCCCUCGAAGUCCUCGGCACAUACAACCCCAUCCCGCAGCCGCCGCGGCCAGGCGACACACAUGGACGACCGUGGAAGGACAUCAAGCUGGACAUGAGCAGGGCGAGGUACUGGGUUGGUGUUGGUGCGCAGCCGAGUGACACUGCGUGGAGGUUGUUGAGCAUGGUUGGCAUUCUCGAACCGCAGUAUCGCAUCUCGAAGAUCCAGGGACAGGUCACCAAGGCAGAUUCGGCGGCCAAGUCGCUAAUACCGGAGACACCUAUUACUCCUCCUGCAGAGGCCGAAGUCACACAAGAGCAGAAGGUCGAGGCAUAAGCGCAUGCAUCGAACAGCAGGUUCCUGGAAACGAAUAUUGGAGGGCUACGCCUGCCAUAAGGGAGGGCACUUGUUCCAGCGGUAGUGUUGGAGUAUCGUGGAACACCAUGUUUGCAGUGGAGUGCGUCAGGAAUUGAACAGGGGGACGCCUGCAGCAAAAGAGCACUUUUACGGGGGAAUUCAAGAGAGGUGCAUCAAUGGGCGUUAUUUGGCAUACCGGCAAAGAUGUAGACGUUGUACCAUAUACCUUUGCAUUGGAAGAGGAUCUUGUACAUUCUGUAAGAAUAAGAAGCUAAGGGACACAUCC